UGUAUUUACUACACAAGCUCCGCAAUGGAAGUAAAUCGAGACGAAGCGGAGCGAUGCAUUGAAAUAGCAACAGCCGCUCUCAGAAAUAACCAGUUAGAAAAGGCUAAGAGGUUUCUGGAGAAAGCCCAAAGGUUGUUUCCAUCAGAUGACGCCAAAGCCUUGCUUGAGGAAAUUGAGAAGUCGGGCUAUGCAAGUCAAGGAGGCUCAGCAGGAGCGCAGAACGGAACAGAGACGAGACGAAGGGCUAACGAAAAUGACAGCGCCAAGUUCGACAGGACCGCAGACUCCGCUAAAUCAUACACCUCAGAACAAUUAGAUGCUGUGAAAAGAAUAAAACAAUGUAAAGACUACUAUGAGACUCUUGGGGUGAAGAAAGAUGCGUCGGAAGAGGAUCUGAAGAAAGCUUAUAGGAAAUUGGCUUUAAAGUUCCAUCCAGAUAAAAACCAUGCCCCUGGUGCCACAGAGGCUUUUAAAGCCAUUGGUAACGCGUAUGCUGUGCUGAGUAACAAUGACAAACGGCGGCAGUACGACAACCUGGGCGAGGAGCGGGCGAAUCCGUCGCGGCAAGGGCCCUCGGCAGGAGACUUCGAGGCCGACAUCUCGCCUGAGGACCUCUUCAACAUGUUCUUCGGAGGCGGCUUCCCAUCAAGUAAUGUUCAUGUAUACAGCAAUGGCCGGAUGCGUUAUCAGCACCAUCGGGCAGAGAGGAGAGAGCCACGCAGAGACCAGGGUGGGCUGGCCUUCUUUGUCCAGAUCAUGCCUGUCCUCAUCCUGGUCAUCGUGUCGGCCCUCAGCCAGCUAAUGGUGGCCAACCCCCCCUACAGUCUCAGCUUCAGCCCGUCGCAGGGGCACACCAACAAGCGGCUGACGGAGCACCUGAGGGUCCCGUACUACGUGAACGACCGCUUCUCCAAAGAGUACCACGGCGGCAACCUGAAGAGUGUGGAGCGCAGCGUGGAGGACGACUACAUAUCCAACCUCAGAAACAACUGCUGGAAAGAGAAGCAGCAAAAGGAGGGCCUUCUGUACCGGGCGCGGUACUUUGGGGAUAGCGAGCUUUACCAGCGGGCCCAGCGGAUGGGGACGCCCAGUUGCACGCGGCUAUCUGAGGUUCAAGCAUCCUUACAUGGAUAAAGGCUUUAGCAACAAAACUAAACAAACUAAAGGUAUCCUCCCAAAAAAUAAGCAUUUAUAAGGAAAGGGCCUAUUCACGGAAGGGAUGAUGAUGAUAAUGAUGAUGAUGAUGACGAUGACAGCGAUGAAGAAAUGAAAUGAAGUGAUAAAAACUGAGCAAAACCAAUCUCCACUGUUCAACAAACCUCACCACACAAGAUCUUCACAAGCCAAAACAAAAGAAGAGAAAAGACUGCACCCUCCUUAGUGUCUGUGAAGAGGCGCACAUACUCAGGCAGAGUUGUCUGUCUGUCUUCCCAGCUGUCUGUCUGACUGACUGGACCCCUCCGGUAGCUUAGGUGGGCCACAUGCUUCCAUUAUGGGUCCUAAGGCCCCAAAGCUGUUUGGGCCCCGACUGACCGACAAACCAACCAACCAAAAGGGCCCCUUGGAAGUGCACUGUCUGCUGCUUUGGGGGAAACAUGUUAGAAUGUAAGAUCUUUUGAUGGGUUGGGUGGGAGCCAAUCAGAAUGUUUCAGGAGGAGGAAGCAGCUGUAUCAUAGCAACAUUAGGCAUAACCAAGGCAUUGUUGUUGGGUUUUUUUGCAUUAUGUGCUAUUUAUUUAUGUAUGUAUUUAUUAUUUAUAAAUUAUGGAAUCCCAGAGAUGGAGUUCCAUGACCAUGUGGUUACUUCAUUUGUCGAUACCUUGAUUUUGACACAUUUUUAUCUAUGCAGGGUGUCUGAUUUUAUCUUAUAUGUACAUCAGGAAUCUCUCCAUCUCUCUCUAAGAUGAUCCAAUAGCUUCUGCACACAGACGUUUAAAAAAAAUUAUGAAUGCCCCAGAGAAUGAUAUUUAUACAUGUAAUUUCAGAGAUGUUUUAUUCAAGAGGAAAAAAUAAUUUACAACAACACCGUUUGUGCAGGGCUUUCAACCAAGCAUGUGGAGUGGAGCCACCCUAACUUGUCACCUUUAUUCACUGAAGCAAUGGUGGUAACCGCUCCGGCAGUAAAUGCUUGAUUGAAUUCCCAGAGGUACUGUCACUGAAUAUGUGUCACAUGUCACA